AAAAAUCAGUCAGCGUACCGACAAUUUUUGUAUUUUUGGUGUAACUAUCAUCGAUCGUUUAUUCUAAAUGAAAAUGGCGUUUAUUUAUACCUAAUGAUCAAGCUACCUGAAAUUGACAUGUCCAACCCAAAAUUAACAUUAUCAACUUACAACCAACUUUAUCAAGAUCGCAAAAUUACAAGCUAUCGAUUAGUUAGAUGUAGAAAGCCAGUUAACUCUCGCGGUCUCGAUAAGCAACAUGAAAUCAAAUCAACGACUCAUUUGAUGAGCCACAACUUUGGAAUGUCAUCUUAUGUUAUGGAUACUAAUAGUCUCAACAAAAACGAAGAAACGAACCCAAUUUCUCUGAAUCAAAGAUCAACAGUUGAACUAACGAGAAGUUUCAAAAACUCCUUGCCGAAUCAGGAAUCUAAGCUAAGAAGAAUGAAUCGUCACUUUUACUCAAAAAAAAUCGAAACUCGAAAUUACAAGUCCCAAAUAUUGAGCAAAAAUGAUCAGGGCCAGACUCUGUAUGAAAAUGAUGCGUAUUCAGACGAGCUGGGCUUUCACUCAGUGACUUAUGCAGAAACCAGCCAAUCAGAUUCAAUGAAUGAAUCGACAAGUAACCUUCUGAAUCAUCCAAAACUUAAUCUCACACUUCCGAAAAUUGACGUUCUUAACAGAUCUGGAAGCUUCAAAACAUCUUCGCUGCGGGAUUUACGCACUGAUUGGGCCAAACAGGUCAAAAGUUAUACAAGGUCAACGACCUUGGUGGCCCGACAGGAAAGGUUGCAAGAGCUGAGAAUCAAAGAAGAAGAACGACUGAAAAACCGGGAGGAAAUUAUCAAAAGAAACAAACAUUUGAAAAAUGUGCGGUUAUGGCAGAAAGCGAUUAGUAAAGUCAUAUUAACGAAGAAGCAGCAACAGCUCCGUAUACACAUGUACUGGAUGAAUGCAUCCAAAGAAAUCAUGAGACGCAACUUCAGAAAGAAGGCGGGAACAAUCGGAGACCAGUACAAAGUGUUAUGCAAUGAGCUGGAACGAGUUAUGGAGACGGAGUGGCAGCAAUUCCAGAAGAAAGACUACGAUAUCGGCUAUGUGAUGGAGAACAUCAAUCAAGAACACAAGAAGAAACAUCAGGCCGAAAUACAGGCCCAAAUGGACGAAGAUUACAAGGAACAGCUUCGUUCCAACAUUGAUCCGAAGGCGGCUAAACGAGUGCAGAUGUUGCAGAAAAAGCUGGCUUCCAAAAAAUAACUCCCUUCUGUCGCCACU